AUGGUGCACAUCCCCAUGGGAGAUCUUCUUCGGGCAAGGGCCAAGUUCCUCCCCGAGUUGGGCGAGUUCAUCUCGAACGGGUGGUUAGUUCCGGAUGAUGUGGUCGUCUCCGUGCUUAAGGAGCGGCUUGCGGACAGCGACUGUGCCUCCAGAGGUGUGCUACUGGAUGGCUUCCCAAGAACUCGAGCCCAGGCCGAGUCACUCCGGCGAGUCGGCGUGGAGAUUUCGGCCGUGCUGCACCUUCAGGUUGCAGACGACGUUGUGGUGGAUCGAAUCGCUGGGCGCCGGAUAGAUCCGUUGAGCGGCAAGAUCUACCAUGUCAAGGACAAUCCGCCGCCGCCCGAGAUUGCUGGCCGCGUGAUCCAGCGCGAGGACGACACCCCCGAGAAGAUCCGCAGGCGACUCGUAACCUAUCAUCAGGAGCGAGAUGCCAUUCUAGAUUUCUGCGGAGACCGCGUGAGAACAAUACACGUCGGCGACGGAAGUGGUGAGGCGUUGCCAUCAGAUGUGCGCCCGCUGCGUGUCUUCGACGAAGUAAGAAAGGCUGUCGAAGGCGACACGUACUGGGGCUCGGUCAUCCGCUCCGAGUUCAUAGCGAAG